CCAAUAUAUAUUGUUACUAUAUUUUGGAUAACCCUUUAUUUGACCACUAGGAGAGAUUUAUAAUAAAUUUAAAUGUAUAAAUUCGCUAAAAAGACACGCUUAUUUCUAACUUAUUCUAGACUUAUAUAAUUAUAUACACUUAUUGAGUAAUUUUGUUUUUUGUUUUUGACCUAAUUUAACGAAUUUUACAAAAAAAAAAAAAAAAAGACUCUCAGAGCUCAGCCAGUGCAGCGUUCACUCACCCUCCACAUUUUCCACACACACCUCCACACUUUCCACACACACCUCCACACACACUCCACUCCACACACUUCUCUCUGCUGGAAUCCACAGAAGCAGAGCCACCUUCCACCUUUCCCUACGACCAGCUUAUAGCUGAUAUAGAUCAUUUUCUAAACCGCGCUGUGCAGAUUGCGCUCCUCUGGAUGUUUAAAAGCCCACCGACCAAGUCGCCACGCUUUUUGCGCAGUUAUGGAGGACCUUCAGGAUGAUUUCAGUGGUCCUAGUGCCAGGAGUAUUGCUGCAGAAUUAAAAGAUGACAUCUACUACAAGCUUGUUGAGGACUUCAGUGGACCUCAGACCGGUGACUUCUUGCAUGUACUUGAAAAGCCCUGCACAAACCGUUUCCUGAUUCAAGUUGGACUAAUGAGAGAGGAGAACGAUACUCCGUGGGCCCAUGUAGUAAAGUGGCUUCAGAAGAUUUUUCCAGAAUAUGGAUCUGCAGAUUUUCAAUGUCUGAUUGAAAGGAAUACAGAAACUGCUUUGAGUUUAAUAGGAGAUGCCAAGGAACUCUUCCUUGUGUCGGAUGUUAAUUUUGAAUUUGUUGGCCCUAUCUGCGAUACGAUAGGCAUUGGAAGAACAGAUUUGCUGGAAAUGUCCGAUUUUUCGGAUCGCGUAAAGUUGUCAGAUGUUACCAAUGCUUUACUGCUAGAGUUGACCAGCUUCAUUGCACGAGAGAAAAUCGGUCCUAUUGCGUUAGUGUCAUGGAUCCAUAAUUUCGAUCGUACGUUCUGUAGUGACGGCAACAUCGAAAGAGCCAACAAGCUUCUUCGGGCCAGUCUAGAGAGAUUCUGGUCCCAGUAUAGAGAGUGUCAGAGUAGUAGAAACAGAAGCAGUGGACUGUUCGAAGAAUUUCUUCAAAGUCCAUUUGCGUUGAUUCGUGACGUGCGCGACCCAGAGUACAGAAGAGUGGCAGCUAUCAAAGGGCAUAUGAAAAGAAAACGCCUUGAAUUGAGUCAACAGCAGUCUGAUUUCACAGCCUAUGGGAUUAAGGAGGAAAGCGAACCUUUUGACAUCGCCAAGCACAAUAUUUCCCCUAAAUAUAAGAAAACCAAACGCAGGAUGGAAUCUCAACAAGACGACUCCUACCAUUCACCUUACUUGGUUGACGUAAAGGAGGAAAAUGAUCCUGAAAGUUUUAGGAAUGCACCUACUCACAAGUCACAAGCACUGGAAUUUGAAGAAGACCCUAGAAUUGACACAGGCGAUUGUGUUACUAUAAUCGAUACUGCGUUUCUGGCUUUCCAGAAGCUUACAGAAAUGUAUGGAGGAAAGAACGCUAGUGCUAAAAAGGUGUCUAUGGAGCUUCUUGAGAAUCAGUUAUCUCUGAUGCUCGUUGAGGAUGCCGACAUGUGCUCUCUAAACGAGAAGGUCAAUGCCCAUGCCCGUAACUUGGCCGACGCUUCGGUAGAAAACCCACAGUGCGUUGUUCCCCUUUUGACAUUUCUUCACUGCAACACUCAUUUCUUCUUCGACUUCGUUGAUGCGGUUGAGAAGCAGAUAAUGUCGUUUGAGAGAGAAAUCAUAAGCACUACAGGAGACAAGCUUGGACGAGACAACAACCCAAAGUUUAGAAGUUUUGUUAACUUCGAUGAGAGCGCCAUCACCCGUUAUAUCAGCAUGGCCUGCGAAAUCUUGUGUCCGAGAAAAGAAACGGCCAACAGUUUCCGAAGGCACUGGCUUGCCUUUUGUAUCGAGAGGAACAACCCGUCGACGCUGCCGAUCGGUCAGUCGAAUAGGUUCAUCAACUACUUCGAGGCGGCGGCUGGACUUGUUCACCAUCACAAGGAUGUUGCGCUCUUUGUAUCUGACCUCCAGCAGCUGAAUGACGAAUCGAACAUCGUUCUGGAUAGCGUCAACGAUGAUGCUAGCGAUGAAGCUAUACAGACUCUAGUCUGUGUGUUAGCUGUUGUGUACUGCAAAGUCUUGGGUCCCUUUUGGCAGCUUCUGAAGAGUGAUGCACAGUAUGUUCUCUUCAGUAAGUACAUCUACUGUCUUUAUAAGAAGCUGCUGGAGUGGUCUGAAGAUGUCUCUGCUUUGCUAGAGCCUGAACCUGAGGCCAACGUCUUUCUCCAGGUUCCAAUGCAAGAGAAGAGUUUUUCAGGAGUGUUCGCAUUCUGCCGAGACAACGAAGACAACCAGUUUGGAACCCUGCUGAAAGUAUGUUUGCAGAGCAUGAUGAAGGUCGUUGCUGCUGUGAUCGAGGAAGAUCUCAGCGAGUUCUUACCUGGAGGCAAAUACUGCAAAGAACCAUCUACAGAACUUGCAGAAGAGUUUGCCGAUUGUAAAUUUUCCCAUCUGAUGGGCGAGUACCCCUUUAGUCACACGUACUCCUGUAAGAAAAUCAGAUCCAAAAAAUCAGCUAAAACUCGCACCUCUACCGAGGGGAACGCACCUGAGGGACCAGAGAGACCGCCCACUCCUUCUCUUCAGGAGGAGAUGACUUCACAGGAAAUCCCUGCCAAUCCUUCCAGGAAGCAGAACAAUCCAAAGCCGCACACGACGUCCGUAAAAGCAAAUCUGCGUUCUCUUGACAGAUUCAAAAAGAAGGCAUUGAGCAAGCUAAUCGACCAAAGGCAAAAAAUCCAAAUGCAAGACCUGCAUUACAGAAAGAUGAUCGUCGCUGCAGUGGGUAAACACGGCGGUCCGUGUAAAAGCGUGCAAGAUGUCGAUCGGCUGCUCGUGAAAAUGGAAGGAUCAGACCAAACUAAGAAGCGAGAGGCCAUCCGCUGUGAGUUGAGCUACCAGAAGUGUGUUGUUGGUGUCAGAGACAACAGUCUGAAUCAAAUAGGCUUUAGAUUGCAAGACAUGGUCAACAAACUCAAAGCUGUCUUAGCAAAUGAGAAAAGUUCAACAAGCAUCAUCAGUGAACCGACUACAAAUGUCGUCAUCCAUGUUGGAAGUAGUGCAACUGCAGAGGAUACACAAGGAGAACCAGUAGGAGAACCAGAAGAGCAAAUACAAGAAGAACCACAAGAGCAACUACAAAGUGAACCACAAGAGCAAACACAAGGAGAACCACAAGAGCAACUACAAAGUGAACCACAAGAGCAAACACAAGGAGAACCACAAAGAGAUCCACAAGGAGAACUACAAGAGCAAACGCAAAGAGAACCACAAGAGCCAACACAAGUAGAACUACAAGAGCAAACACAAGGAGAACCACAAAGAGAUCCACAAGGAGAACUACAAGAGCAAACGCAAAGAGAACCACAAGAGCCAACACAAGUAGAACUACAAGAGCAAACACAAGGAGAACCACAAAGAGAUCCACAAGGAGAACUACAAGAGCAAACGCAAAGAGAACCACAAGAGCCAACACAAGUAGAACUACAAGAGCAAACACAAGGAGAACUACAAGAGCAAACGCAAAGAGAACCACAAGAGCCAACACAAGUAGAACUACAAGAGCAAACACAAGGAGAACCACAAAGAGAUCCACAAGGAGAACUACAAGAGCAAACGCAAAGAGAACCACAAGAGCCAACACAAGGAGAACUACAAGAGCAAACACAAGGAGAACCACAAAGAGAUCCACAAGGAGAACUACAAGAGCAAACACAAGCUAAGCAACAAGCAGAACCACAAGGAGAACCACAAGCUAAACAACAAGGAGAACCACAAGCUAAGCAACAAGCAGAAUCACAAGGAGAACCACAAGCUAAGCAACAAGGAGAACCACAAGGAGAACCACAAGCUAAGCAACAAGCAGAAUCACAAGGAGAACCACAAGCUAAGCAACAAGGAGAACCACAAGGAGAACCACAAGCGAAGCAACAAGGAAAACCACAAGCUAAGCAACAAGGAGAACCACAAAAAGAACCACAAGCUAAGCAACAAGGAAAACCACAAGCUAAGCAACAAGAACCACAAAAAGAACCACAAGCUAAGCAAAAAGGAGAAGCAAAAGAAAAAACACUAAGGAGAUCAACAAGGAGAACCACAUGAGCCACCAUAACGAGAGCCAACAGAUCAACCACAGAAGGUAGUGAUUGAUUGAGAGGUAGAUGUUCCAGAAAAUUGAGACCAACACUGAUCUUUUUGUAUUGUAACACAGUAGUGUGUGUGUAUAUGUUUUGUCAUUUUUGUGCAGAUUUUUCUUCAGUAAGUUUUCCUCUUGCCUAGCGUGUAUUCAGUGUGGGAGUUCUGCAACAUUUUUUUUUUUUUUUUUUUUUUUU